AUGGGUCAGAAAACGAUGUAUGAUACUAUUUUUGCUAGAAGCUUUAGUCGAUACGACCAAAAGAAGUUGGGAUAUGGAGCAUUUCUUGGUUGUUUGCUGAUUGCAUUGAGCUUCUGCACUGUCUUCAAGCCUUACUUGGGUCCUCUACCAGUUUGUAAGUACCCCUUAAUUUAUUCUCUUUCUGCAUUAAUCUUUCCACACUCCGUUCAAACUAAAAAUGCUCUAACUCCAUGUAUAAUAAGCACCAUGCUAAGGAUAACGGAUUCAUCCAGCUCUCUGAAGCGAAGGGCCAAUGAUACAAGCAGUUCCAUAAGAAUGAUUGUUAAUGAAACAAGCAGCUCCGAGAUUGAGGUGGUGGAGGCCAACAAAACAAGCAGCUCUAAUGAAACAAUACUUAGCAAUGAUGCAAUUAGCUCUAGCAUUCCACUUUCAGUGGUUAAUGUCACUUUUAGCACUAAUGUAACAAUGAGAAACGGCACAAUCAGCUCCAAUAUGUCACUUCCAGCUGAUGAUGAUGAUGACAGGAUGAGCAGCUCUAAGUCGACUCCUGGAAUCAACUAUACCAGUAGUUCCUCUAAUGUGGCAAUGGGGAACGAUACAAUCAGCUCUAAUAUGUCAGUGUCAGUGUUGUCUGGUGGAGAACAACUUAAAAACAGACGUUUGAACUUAGAACUAGUCAUUUUGACGCUGAUUUUUUAUUGUCCAGAUGUUGUACAGGAGAAAAAGAAGCCAAUUUGCAAUGUAGAAGCAAGAACAGAAUUUUGUGCGAUGAAUGGAGAUAUAAGGAUCGAUGGAAAAUCCUCUACAGUUUACAUGGCUGCUUCACCCAAAACAGGUAUAUUGGUAGAAAAUAGCUCGUGGAUCAUCAGACCUUAUGCCCGAAAAGGUGAUGAAGAGGCUAUGAAUAGUGUAACAAAAUGGUCCGUAAAAUCAGGGGUGGAUGCCUAUACCGCAGCAGUACCUGAAUGCGAACAAAACCACAGAGUUCCGGCCAUCAUUUUCUCCCUUGGGGGAUAUGCAGGAAACAAUUUCCAUGACUACACUGACAUCGUUAUUCCUCUAUAUUUAACUUCUAGACAGUUUGAUGGAGAAGUGAAGUUUCUUAUCACUAACAAAAAUCCAUGGUGGAUUAACAAGUUCCAAAAUGUACUGCAACAGCUUUCUAGAUACGAAUUGAUUGACAUCGAUAGAGAGCAACACGUCCAUUGUUUCACAGGUGUGAUCGUCGGGCUGAAGCGUAAUCCUAAAGAGCUGAGUAUUGAUCCUUCAAAAUCACCUUAUUAUUCCAUGAAAGACUUCAGGCAGUUUCUAAAAAGUGCUUAUUCCUUGAAAAAAGACACCGCUAUCAAAAUAAGGGAUAAUGGUGGGAAAAGAAGACCUCGGCUUCUCCUUCUUUCAAGAAAAAGAACCCGAGUAUUUACAAAUACGAACGACAUUGCUAGAAUGGCAAGAAGGUUAGGCUACAAAGUAGUUGUUGCGGAGGCAGACUCGAACGUGGCAAGAGUUGCAGAAAUUGUGAAUUCUUGUGAUGUAAUGAUGGGAGUUCACGGAGCUGGCUUAACCAACAUGGUUUUUCUUCCUGAGAAUGCAAUUUUGAUCCAAAUUGUUCCCAUUGGAGGGUUCAAAUGGAUGGCCAGAACCGACUUUGAAGAGCCAUCCAAGGGCAUGAAUCUAAGGUACUUAGAAUAUGAGAUUAAAACAGAAGAGAGCACUUUGAUACAACAAUAUCCUCCAGAACACGUGGUGUUGAGCAAUCCAUAUUCCAUUCAGAAACAGGGUUGGAAUGCAUUCAAGUCAGUGUAUUUGCAGAAACAGAAUGUCAACCUUGAUAUCAAUAGGUUUAGGCCCAUUUUGUUAAGAGCUAUUGAGCUCUUACAUCAGUAA